GGGCGGGACCCGGAAGUAGAACCUAAAGACUCUCCCGUCGCACCUCACGCGUUCCCAGAGUGCUGCGCGACAGCCGCUAUGGAGGCCGGCGUUACUGCUGUACUCCGCGUGAAGCGGAAGCGCAGCGCGGAGCCCGUGGAGGCUCUUGUCCUCGCUUGUAAACGCCUCCGGAGCGAUGCAGUGGAGUCCGCGGCACAAAAGACUUCUCCCGAGCGUCUGGAGAGAGCAGCAGAGAAGAAUGUCUUCCAGUUGGUGGCUACCGUGCGCUCCCAGGCGGAGCCUGUCCAGCCGCUCUUGCGGGCCGCUCUUCGCCCAUCCCGGGGCAGCCAACAACGUAUCCGCCGCGAUCUCCGCGCGUCGGCUCGGGAGGUCCAGCAGGAGGGGCGCUACAGGGUGGUCUCUAGCCGCCGAUCCUCGGGAAUCCCCUCGGAUGGUCUGGAGUCCGAGGACGUGCAGGGAAACCCAGAAGCCGAAGAUGACGCAGGCUUCCAGCUGUUGGAUCUGGUCCACGAAGAAGGAGACCCAGAGGCCGCUGCUGCCGCCAGCUCCUGCAAAGUAUCUAACCCAGAUGUGAUCCUCUGCAAUUCUGUAGAGUUGAUCCGUGAGCGGUUGACUAUAUCUGAGGAUGGACCAGGUGUCGGGUACCGGGAGGAACAGAAGGAUGACUAUGUAUAUGACAUUUACUACUUAGCAAUGGCUACUCCAGGAUGGAUUGAGAAUAUCCUCUCUGUGCAGCCCUACAGCCAGGAGUGCGAGCUGGUGAAUGAUGACCAACAAACAGAGGACAAUUAUGAAGAUGAAGAUGAUGAGAAUAGUGAGAAUAAUUGGCGCAAUGAGUAUCCAGAGGAGGAGAGCAGUGAAGGAGAUGAAGAUUCCAGAGGCUCUGAUGAAUACAACAGCCUCAGUGAAGAGGAAGGAGGCAAUAGCAGACCACAGAUGUGGAGCAAAUACCCUUUGGAUGUGCAGAAGGAGUUUGGCUAUGACAGCACUCAUGACUUGGAUUCAGACUGAGGAUCCUGUGAUAACCAUGAGGUUCUAUCACAGGCCCUUGAGGGCUCUGACUGCAGCAUCAGCUGCCCUGAUGAUGGGUUUCCUAGCAUAAUAUAUGGAAGGAAAAAGCAUGUCCAACAGCACCAUCCUACCAGUGAAAACUUGUGUUGAAGGAGUGUGUCCUUUCCACUAAUAGUAGGACCCCUUUGCCUCUAUCAAAAGUGACCCUACUGUCUGGGGGACCAAAAAAAAAAGCCAUAAAAAUGAAGCUUUCUGACGUAGGCAUGUUCCCGCUCUCCUCGAACACUGAAGCCAGUAAGUGGAGGAGAAGCCCAUUUUAUUAGAGCUAAGGUUCAGCUUUCCUGUACCACCAGGCCACUCACCUCCAGUAAAAGCCUGUUUCUUUUGACAGGGAAUGCAGAAGGGUUACAGUGGGUCCCUUAUAGCAGCACAGACUGGAUAAUAAUGGCCAUUAGGAAAUGGAGAGUGUGCCUGAGCUGUGAGGGGUUUUAAUUACCAGUUGUCUCUACCUCCCUGCUUCCUAUGAUGAUUGUAAAGAUUGCUGUCCGUCUUUAGCAGUGGUGCUGAGGAACAGGGUAUGUGUGAAUGUGAUACUCUGCAUUUAGUAAAAACACUUGAAAUAUG